UCCUUUAUAUUUCAGGGCCAGACACCGCUAUUUCCUCGCAUAUUUGGUCAUGAAGCUGGAGGAAUUGUGGAAAGUGUAGGCGAGGGUGUUACUGAUCUCAAACCAGGAGACCAUGUUCUCCCUGUAUUUACUGGGGAGUGCAAGGAAUGUCACCACUGUAAGUCAGAGGAGAGCAAUAUGUGUGACCUUCUUAGGAUUAACACCGACAGGGGUGUUAUGCUUAGUGACGGCAAGACGAGAUUCUCCAAAAAUGGAUAGCCAAUUUACCAUUUUGUUGGCACCUCUACAUUUAGUGAAUACACUGUUAUCCAAAGUUUGUGUUCUUAGUUGCGGAAUAUCCACAGGUCUUGGUGCCACUUUGAAUGUUGAGAAACCCAAGAAGGGUCAAUCUGUAGCUGUCUUUGGAUUGGGUGCCGUCGGCCUUGCUGCUGCUGAAGGCGCAAGGAUUGAUAGUUGA